GCACCUCUACUGCACCUCGACCGCGUCCCGCCCAUCUACGAUACGGAUACCAACCAACCCAGUUGAUCUGCCGAUCGGCACCCACCUCAAACAGCCCUGCGACGCGAUUUGAAUCCCUCGAACGGACACACCAGACGCGAACAAGCGGACGCGAACAAAGAAAAAGGAAGGAGGAGGAGGAGUAGGAAGGAGGAAGGAGGAAGGAGAAGGAGGAAGGAGAAGGAGGAAGGAGGAGCAACGUUUAGCGCUGCGGUUUUCUCUUCUAUUUCGAUAUCACUUCUUUCGUCUUCUUUUUUCUUUUGCUUCCUUUUUAUUCUCUCAGGUCAAGACCUCUCAUCUUUCUUUCCUAUCCGCCCUUUUUCGACAGAGGAUAUACAGCUUCGUCCGUGCUGGCACCACACCGAUUUUCUAUUACGUUCGAGACCUGGGGUGCUAUAUCGCCCUUUUGCUUUCCCUUCUGCCAUUUGAGCAGCUACACACUUGGUCUGGACCGCUUGGCGUCGACCACCACUGCCAACCUAUCUAUCUUACUCCAGGCCGGCCCUCACAGUCACCCACCUGGCCACCACACGAACCAGCCAUGACGAACCACCUCGACCUCACCCUCUCCCCCACGCGCGCCAACAUGCUCCUCUCCCCCUCCAACCCCCCACGCCCAUGACCCUCCGCCGCGGCCGCCCUUCCUUGGACCACGGCCCCCUCUCCGCCACAACCUCCCGCUCGACCUUCGCGCGCCUCCUCGCCUCUCCCCCAGCCUCCCCCAGCCUCCCCGCCCUCGUCCCACGGCACGGGAAACCCCCUCCCUCACCCACCCCACGGCGUCUGCGCCGCCUAACCCGCUUCCUCAUCUGGGUCUUUGGCGUCUCGACGAUAGUCUACUACGCCACCGCUCUCCUGAGGGUGCACCGCCACCCCCCUUCCAUGGGCGCCUGGUCCACGGAUUCCGGCACCUCCUACGAGCUGGUGGGGGAUGACUCGCUCCCCGACUUCCCCACGCCCGUCGUGGUGACCGAUUCCUCCGGCAAACCGCGCUGGACAAUCUCCAUCCCGCCACACACCGCCUUCCCCCUGCUCCCAGGGGACUACGCCGAGCUCUGCGCGCAGACAGGGGAGAUAGCAAUGCACGUCUCGAGUCUGCUGCAUAAAUCCGCCCCUCCAGCCGCGCACAAGCCUUAUUCGCACAUCGAUCCCAACUUCCUCGACCCAACCCUCGCAGACCGCCUCGGCCUCCUCCUCUCCGCCUCCCAAGCCGCAGGCCUAACCUACCGCCCUUCCCGCCCUCCUCCACCUCCACUGCUGGGGGAAUCGUUCUCCUCUCCCUCUCUCCCGGCCUGCACCCGCUCCCUAACCGUAACACUCGAAACCCCCUCCGCGGGCCUCGCACCAACCCUAAUGCUCCUCUGGACCGCAUACGGCCUCGCCCUCUCCGAAGACCGCGCGUUCUUCAUCGACGACACGAGGUGGUCCUACGGGGCAUACACCGAUUUUUUCCUCCCCCUCCCCCCGCCACCUGUCGUCCCCCGCCACGGCACUACAUCACCCCCUGCCCGCAUUCAGCAGCGCACCUCCUCGUUUCCUCCGCAACAACAUCCCACACCUUCGGCGGGGCCUUCCACAACGCCUUCGAAGACGCGCAUCGCGCCGGUAACUCGCGGCAGAAACCGAUUUUCGAUAUGGCGAGGAAGGGGUACAAAGCACUCUUCCACCUAACGCCUGAGGACGCCCAACACGUCUCCAAGCGCCUGGCUGAGUUACGCUCAAUGGUCGCACACCCCGAAAACCCCGGGAAGAUCAUAGCCCUGCACAUCCGUCACGGCGACGCGCACCCCCUAUCCUUCCAAUACCGCGACGCCUACAUACCAACCUCCCACUACCUCACCGCCGCUCACUCCCUCCUCUCCACCCCCUUCCCCGGCCCCACCGGCGCCUCCCAACGCUCCCGCAGCGUCUUCGUAGUCGCCAGCGACGACCCAGAUGUCUACACAGAUGACGACCUCAUCGGCACCGUACGCGCACAAUCCGUUAUUAAACUCGCAUCCUGGCCCCCUCUAUCGUCGUCACAAGAAAAGGGGGAGCCGGAUGAGCGCGGCAUGUUUAGGAGGUUUGUGGAGACGCCGGUGG